CCAGGCUGCCCUUGAACUCACAGAGAUCUACCUGCCUCUGCCUCCGAGUGCUGGGAUUAAAGGCACACACCACCAGAACCCAGAGGACUUAUCUUCUGGGUUACCCUGGAAGUUGGUAGUUGGGCACAGUGUAGUGCUGCAGUAUUGGGGAGGAGUACCCACUGUGCAGAGGUGAGGAGGCUAAGGCCAGGCCAGAAGCCAGCAAGGGCCAAAUCUUAGAAAGUGACAUUGUGUUAACAGAAAAAAAACCUGAAUCGUUUCAUUUCAUGUUUAUUUUAUAGUACUUUGUAUUCCCAGUGCUGACUGUAUAGAAGGCAGGUGCUCUAGUGUUUAACUGUGUUUCUGAUCCCAACUGAAGCCAUACAUUUAAAGGCAGUGUAGCUGGGUAUGCUGGUGCAGAGGGGCAGGCUGAUUUCUGUAAGUUUGAGAGCAAAUAAAAAAUGAAAUGAAAUAAAGUAAAAAAAACAGUAUGUAAGAUUUCAUGUGUCUGACAAGAGGCAGGUUGCCCUGCUUCAAAUCCUCACACCACCAUUUUCUACGUUUUCUGGCAGUUGUUGUUGGGCAGUUUACUAUCCCCAGGUAUAAAAUGGAAUGAUAGUUUGGUAGUGUUAAGAGUGUUAAUCCGUGAAAGUAUUCAGCACGAUUCAUAGUCAUAUUAAGUAUAAGCAGAUGCUCAGUUACUGUUAUUAACUGAUUUAUCAUUUUAGUUAUAGAAUGUUGUUUUGGUUGUAGUGAAACAUGGCAAACAAUAAUUGUGGGAGUCUCCCUAAUUUACUGGGGACAUGUUCCAAGCUCUCCAGUGGUUGCUUAAAGCAUUAGAUAGUGCUGAACUUGGAACUGUUUUAGCCUUUCCAUACUGUCAAUGAAGUAUAACUUACAAAGUAAGCAUAGUAAGAGGUUAUAAAUAAUAGAUAACAACAAAAUAGCUAUGACAGUAGGUUGUGAUAAGUUAUGUGAAUGUGGGCUAUUGCAAAAUGCAGGAUUUUCCAUUCAGUGCUUUCAGACUGCAGCUGAGCCUAGAUAAUUGGCUAUAAAAUUACAGCUCAGGAGACUGCUCUGCUGUGUAAGAGGCACUGAGAGGUAGAGCCCCUAGCAUACCAUGUGCUGGUGGAUUAGUGUGGAAAGGGACCUUGAGAAGUAGGAACAGGAAUCAGUACCUCAGAUAAUAUCUGAGUGACAGUGUCUAGUGAGGCCUGUCGUAUACAGUUGUUAGUGUUGCGCGGCAGCAUGCUUUAGGUCCUUGCUUUCCUCAGCUAAACAGUUUACACGUCACACAAUUGUGAUUGUAGGCAUCCUUUUGCCCACAGUAAGAAAGCUUGUAUGAAAUAAGUAAUAUAAAUUGGAUCACAUAAUGCUCUGUUCAGAUGUAUAGAUCUCCUGGGAUUAUUACAGAGGCCAUCGUUUGUUUUCUUUUACUCUUUUGGGGAUGUGGGACUUUAUUCAGGCAGAAUUAUUCCAUUCCCAUGGCACCCAAUUCCUAGUUAUCUGAAAAAAAAAAAAGCCAUAGGAUUUCAAUUUGCAUUGUGCUAGAUUGCAUUGAAAGAUUUGAAUACUUGUACCUGAAGAAUAUCUGCAUGCUGUCACUUGGGUGGAGUACUUAACUAGACUAAGGUAGAGGCAAAAUAGCAUCACAGCAUCCUUUCUUCAUAUUAGCCAAUAUCCAACAACUGAUAAAAGAAAAUUGAGGCUGACUUUUAAGUCUUCCAGCUAUAACUUCGUAUGCAGCUAAAUUAGAAUUCCUCCAUUGCCAUGUACUGUUAACACACUUCCUUUCUUUGAUACCGGUUCUUUGUUCUUGGGAAAAUGGUACACAAAAAUAGGACUUUCUCCCUCAACCCUCUGGUAGUGUCCUUCAACCCAACUCCUGACUCCUCCCUUUUUUCCCAUCCCCCUCCUUUCCGUUCCUCACCACCCACCCACCCCGGUAGUUUCUGCCCAUUUUUCUUACUGGCAGUCUGGAUUCUACUCAUUUGCCUAAGAGGGGGAUUCUAGACAGACCAGAGACAGCUUUCAGAUGUUGCACUGCUGGCAACCCAAGUCAGUGCCCACGGUGCAGUCUGAAAACUCGGGAGCUUCUCUCUGGUGAUGAAUUCUAAUGAGUUGCCCAAUAUGCUAGAGUGUGUGUGAGCACAUGUGGUUUUCUUCGCUCCCCCCUUCCUUCCUUCCCCAAGCCCUUUCUCCCUGCUUCCCCUCCUACUCCUUUACCCCUCCCUCUAUGCCUUAGCGCUGCUCUACAAGGCUGAAGCACAGUCCUGCAUUGCAAGGCUUUCUGUUAAGGAUUUCUUGUGGCUUUUGUUUGGAUUUCAGCAUGCAGAAUUACAGCUGUUCAGAGGAGACUCAUUACAACUCCUGCUGAAGCUCCUAAUCUUCCUUCCUCUGCCCCUCCCCCACCCUCACUUGGCCAGAAGACACUGUCCCCAGUUUGCCUUAUUCCCUUGGUGCAUGGUGAACAUGUCAGUAUGGCAGAGUCUGGGACUGUCCAGACAACUGCUGUUGGCUCUCCCUAUUCCAGGAAGAAUUUAAAGGGAAAUUGCACAGCAGGCAAUGCACCAUAGCAGCAGCAGCAACAGUACCAGAACUUGGUGACCAGGGUUCCCUGGCAUUGUCACACACAAGGUUGACUGCAGUGACAAUAGCUGCUCCUGGGAACUGUGGCAGCAUGAAGUGAGAGCCAGUUCCUGAGCACGAGAUGAACUCCACCUUGGAUAGUGAUCAGAGCAACCAUCCUUUCUGUCUCCUGGCACUGGGCUACUUGGAAACUGUCAGUUUUUGUCUUUUGGAAGCACUGAUUAUUGUCUUUCUAACCAUAUUGAUUAUUUCUGGCAACAUCAUUGUGAUUUUUGUGUUUCACUGUGCACCUCUGUUGAACCAUCACACUACAAGUUAUUUUAUUCAGACAAUGGCAUAUGCUGACCUCUUAGUUGGGGUAAGCUGCCUGGUCCCUUCCUUGUCACUACUCCACUACCCCCUUCCUGUGGAGGAGGCCAUGACUUGCCAAGUAUUUGGCUUUGUAGUGUCAGUUCUGAAGAGUGUCUCCAUGGCUUCUCUGGCCUGUAUCAGCAUUGAUAGAUAUAUUGUCAUCACUAAGCCUUUAACCUAUAAUACACUGGUUACUCCCUGGAGACUACGCCUAUGUAUUUUUCUGAUUUGGCUGUAUUCCGCCCUGGUCUUCCUGCCUUCCUUCUUCCACUGGGGCAAACCUGGAUAUCAUGGAGAUGUAUUUCAGUGGUGUGCAGAAUCCUGGCACACCAACCCCUACUUCACAUUGUUCAUCGUGGUGAUGCUGUACGCCCCAGCUGCCCUCAUUGUCUGCUUCACUUAUUUCAACAUCUUCCGCAUCUGCCAGCAGCACACAAAAGAAAUCAGCAAAAGGCAAGCCCGAUUCAGCAGCCAGAAUGGGGAGACUGGGGAAGCCCAGACCUGUCCAGAUAAGCGCUAUGCUAUGGUCCUAUUCAGAAUCACGAGUGUGUUUUAUGUCCUCUGGUUGCCAUACAUCAUCUACUUCCUGCUGGAAAGUGUCACUGGCUUCAGCAGCCGCCUUGCAUCCUUCCUGACUACCUGGCUUGCUAUUAGUAACAGUUUCUGCAACUGUAUCAUUUAUAGUCUAUCCAACAGUGUUUUCCAACAAGGAUUAAAGGGCCUCUCAGGGGCUUUGUGUACUUCUUGUGCAAGUCACACUACAGCCAAGGACACUUACACAGUUAGGAGCAAAUGAUCCCUCAAUGGAUGCCAUAUCUGAGGGGCUCAUAGACUUAGUCAUUUUGUCUAUAGGGAGGAAGGGUGGCUUGGUUCUCCUUUACCCUUCUAUCCCUGUGCUCCCCGUUUACAAGGAGAUCUAGGGCAGGGUAAUUUUACUCUGAGCACUUGAAGACUAUCCAGAUACCUCCUCAGAUUGCAGAAGUUGUUUCCUAAAGAAGAUUUAAAAUGAAAAGAAUCAGGAUCAUGAAAAAAAUUACUCUUGAUGCAAUUCAGUUUCUUUUUGAAGUGUCAUGGAAGUGACUGCAGUUUCAGAUUCUAAAGGAAUAAAGCCUCUGACUGAACCUAGGUAUGAAAAGUGUCAGCACUUAAAGAAAUUACCAUUUUCUUUUCCCUUUUGUAGAUUCUUCCAAGAAGUGUGGAACUUAUGUGCAAUUGAUAUCUUUUUUUUUUUUUUUUUUUUUUGGUUUUUACGAGACAGGGUUUCUCUGUAUCAAUUGAUAUCUUUUAACAGGGAAUAUUAAACUAGAUUGGUAAAUUUCUUUAUCUGUGCCAAAAUAUAACUGCACUGCAGGUUUCAGUACCCAUUUAGAUAGUGAAUGUCUUUGAGAUGAACAAUGUGAACACUGAGCACUACUUUUAGAGUUUUGAAAUGAACCAUGAAGUAACCAUACAGUGAAGUCACACAGUUUGUGAGAAACAGCUGCUUUCACUCCAUACCUGUGAGCAUUGUGUAUAUGUGCAUAGAAGUUACAUUAUAUAGUGCUUCUCCCUGUGCUUCUGUGUCUGUGAAUAUUGAGAAUAUUUACAUUGUGUUGGGUUUCAAAAUGUACUUAAUUUAAAUAAAUAAUAGAUGGAUAGCUGUCCAUUGUAAUGUGAAAAAAGUGUGUGUGUGUGAGAGAGAGGGAGAGGGAGAGGGAG